CUCAGUGCAACAUGGGUUUCAAAAUUUUCGUCUUACUCCUCCACGUUGCUUUGGUCGCGGCGAAAGCUUCCAUCCUCAUUAAUCCCCCUGCAUUUCCCCGUCUACCGACUGUGAAGGAGGCGUCGGCCGCUUCCAGCGCUGUGGGGCUGAACCUGGACAAUGUUCAAGGAGACAUCCUGAUUGGAAUGCGCAAGUCGAGCGAGACCUUCUAUUUCUUCUCUGUCAACGCGCCGGACACUUUCAAGCAGGGUUUCCAAAGCGGAGUCCUCCCUUUGAUCACCUCGACGAAGCAGCUGCUCAGCGUUUCGACGCAGCCAACGACGGCGCUAAAUGUCGCGUUCUCGCAGACAGGACUACUCGCGCUCAACAUCACAGACGAUCUCGGGGACGCACCCUUCAAAACGGGCCAGCACGCAGAUAUCCCGAACAUCGGUGAUCCCAGUAGCGCCAACUGGCAGCCCGAGUUUGCGGGCACCAGCAUCCACGGCGUAUUUCUUUUUGCCUCCGACACACAAGCGAACAUAGACGCGGCGAUCGCGGACGUCGAGACCGUCCUUGGCUCCUCUAUCACAAAACUUUACACUAUCCAAGGUGCAGCUCGGCCCGGUGCAGAGGCGGGUCAUGAACAUUUCGGCUACAUGGAUGGUAUCUCAAACCCGGCCGUCAAUGGCUUCGUUGCUGCCCCGUUUCCUGGCCAAGCUGUUGUAGACGCGGGCACAAUUCUUCUCGGACAGAUCAAUGACCGGGUUACCCGUCCAGCCUGGGCACUCGAUGGCUCGUUCCUUGUCUUCCGGCAGCUCGAGCAGCUCGUGCCCGAGUUCAACCAGUUCCUGGCCGACAACUCCAUUUCAGGCUCAGGUCUCACGGCGGAGCAAGGUUCGGAUCUGCUCGGUGCCCGAAUUAUUGGGCGGUGGAAGAGUGGUGCUCCGAUUCAACUGAGUCCGUUGAGUGAUGACCCUGUAAUGGGUGCGAAUGCCUCCCGCAACAACGACUUCGACUACACCGAGCUGCUCGGCGUGCUUAAUUCUGAAGGCUGCCCGCACUCGGCGCAUCUCCGUAGAACCCGGCCCCGGUCCGAUCUCGGCACUCCAGAGGAUGCGGUGCACCACAUCGUCCGUGCCGGCAUUCCAUAUGGCCCAGAAAUGGCCUAUCAGUCUAGCAUCACCAACGGCUUCCAGUUUCUUCAGCAACUGUGGAUCAAUAACCCCGACUUUGUUGUGAGUGGAAACGGUGUUGAUCCACUGAUUGGUGAACUCGGAGGUGCACCUCGCCCUGUUCUUGGACUUGAUCCGUUCAACCCGACCGCCGUAAAAACAUUGCCCACGGAUUUCGUGGUUUCUCGAGGCGGAGAAUAUUUCUUCAGUCCCUCGCUCACCGCUUUGAACAGCACAAUCUUUCAGUAA